UUAUGUGUUCAAAUAAAUAAAUAAUCUCAACAAACUGCAUACAACCCACGUGGACUUUUGCAUACGUCUGCCUGUUGGUUUUUUAGCAUUACAUGCUACCUUGCUUAGUCGUUACAUAAUUUAAAAAUUAUUAUGUUACUAUAAAGUUUAGGAAUCUAUCAUGAAAUAUUGUAAGGCUUACUAGUUUAAACGUUAUGGAAAAAGAACAUCUGAGUUUUCAUGAGUCCCUUGUUUAGUUGGGGGAUUGUGUGAUCUCUCAUCUGUCGAAGCCAAUUAAAAUAUAUCAUCUAUGGGUAGUACUAUUAAGGACCUUGAACAGAUCUUAUACAGACUAUAUAAAAGAUUGAUUUCUUAAACUCAACGGAUAAACCUCUUCAACUAAACUUAAAUAUAGUUCGUAAGAGUUGUAUUUAGUGUAAUACCAGAUUUGUCUUACUAAAAAACAGUUAAGAUCACGCUGUCCAUAUUUAUAUUUCAAAUUAAUUUCCAUUACGACAGUCUGCUGUUCAAAUUCCGUCGGGGAUAUAUCUUACAAGAUUAAAUAGCGUGGGUGUAGCUCUAUAUAUUUGCUAACAUCAACGAAAUAUGUAAGCCAUGAAAUUCGUACUCUUAUUUGUGGUAAAAUAUCACCGUAAAUUAUGCAUUGGGUUCACAAUGUGUAAUUCAGUAACAAGAAAAAAUUUCAAACUUCUUGAAUACUACUGCAUUAAGCAAUAAUAUUCAGAAGUACUUUUGUAUAACUAAACACCACCUUUGAUUCAUUACGUCCUAUGUGGGAUGACUCAUCUCAUUUCACCUCAAUAUGGGUAAAAUACCUUUAGCGACCAAAGCCAAUUCUAGCACCCAUUCAAUCUGCUAGUGGCUACAACCGUUCAUGUCAAGACUCUUUAUAGUACACAAAAAACGCAUCAGAUUAUACCCUUCAAUGUUUAACGUGGCACUUAUUCGUAUUCUAUGAAUCAUGAAAUAGAGCAAUGUGUUAGUAGUUAAACUAAUCAAAUUUUAAUCACUGAGUUGCCUAUUUGAUCUCUAUUUCCCUGACUCUGAUUUAUCACUGUGACUAGUAUCACCAGCUCACCACCAAAAUUAUAGGUUAUGUUCGGAACUAAAUACUUUUAGUUGGUUACAUUACUAACUCAUUAGAUUAAGUCAGAGGAGUAGAAGUCAGUGCUCGUGACGAUUAUGUAGAAUGCAAUGAAAUCAACCAUGUUAAUCUUAUUAUGUUCACCUCAUAUAUUUUCACAAAAUGUCAACAUUAACAUUUUAUAUAUUUCAACGAGUUUUAGAUUUCCAGAUUUUAGACCAGAUGAAAAAAGUAGACAAGAAUGAAUCAAAGCCAAAGGUUUCAGAAUAUUUGCCUAGAUGUGGUGUUACUGUUGAUUUAUAUUAUCCAGAGCAAAUGUCAAUAGAUCAACUACUAGAAAUAUUUGAACGUCGAGGUUUCAAAUCUCUAGUAUCCAAUGUAAAUACAUUAGAACAUAUUGUAAAUCUUUAUUAUGAUUAUCUUAUGCCAAAAUGUCAUCGAAAUGAAUGGAUUGAUGAAUUCAUUGAAUCUACAACUAUCCAUCCAUCUAUUGAUGAUGAUGACGGUGAUGACGAUGACGAUGACGGUGAUGAUGAUGAUGAUGAUAAUAAUAAUAAGAGUAAUUUAUCAAAAGAAAAAAUGAACUUAAAUGAUAAAAUCACUAAACCUAAACGAAAUAUAGAUCAUCAUUUAGAUCAUUUAAUUAUUACUUAUGAUAAAAAACGAUUUACUCCUCCUUGUUCUAUUCAAACUUUAUCAUCAAAAGAACAUCAUCAGUUCAUAUGUAAAACAUCGAAUAGUUUACAUCAAGAUAAUGAUCAUCAUAGUAAACUAUCAUCUUCUCAUUCAACAAUCAAUGAGAACUCUUCAAAUAAUUCUAAAUUCAAUGAUCAUUCAUUGAAAUCAAUGAAAAAACGACCUAAAAUUAAUCGUAAUUUUGAAAGCCUUACAAAUAAUAUUUAAUUAUUUGUAUAUGUAAAUGAUAUUGUACUAUCUUAUCCUAAUAAAUUUAUUCUAUCUUUUACAAUGAA